GUGUGGCCCUGGCGUAACACGCCGCCCUACUGGCGCUCCGUCACUCACGAUCGCGUAAAUAAUUCUGGACACGAACCUCUUGGCCAUUGUGACCUUUUUUAAUCUUUAAAUUUAAAUUAAUCUAGACUUCCUAUUUUUUGCUUGCAAGUUCAGUUGGUGCUCACAUUCAUCUCUAUUAUUGUCUAACGGGAAACUUUAGUAAGGUUUCGCAAUAGUUCUGAUUGUUCCGAAGUGAUGUGACUCCUGAGAACUAUGUUUACUUGAUUGAGUUGAAAAUGCCCUUUCAUACGCCGAGACGAAGACAUCACUUUAUUAAUAAAAUAUUUCCAACGUUGUGAAGAAGAAAGAUGUCAGGAACAGAGACAGGCGGGAAUUCCACGGCAGGGGCGUACUGCAUGCCUGCUGGGCCUAACUUCCAACGGAUGUACGUUAAAGUGCACGGAUACAUUGCAUUGAUUAUUUGCUUACUGGGUUCCGUUGCUAACUCCGUGAAUAUUGCAGUACUAAGCCGGAAAGAGAUGAUGUCUUCGACGAACUCCAUUCUGACAGCUCUUGCAGUCGCCGAUCUCCUAGUUAUGAUUGAUUACAUACCCCUCGCUCUUCAUAUUUACACUAAUAUAGCUGAAGAACUUAAUCGCAACUCCUACUCCUGGGCAGUUUUUGUGUACUUCCAUUCCAUAUUCAGUCAGACUUUCCAUACGAUAUCCAUCUGGCUUACAAUAACACUCGCGGUAUGGAGAUUCGUAGCGAUUAAAUUUCCGCAGAAAAAUAAGACUCUAUGUAACAGAACGAAUACCAAUAUUGCUAUAGGAAUUGCGUACUUAGUAUGCCCAAUUUUGUGUCUUCCUAUAUAUUUCGCUAUGGAUAUACAGGAGUUACCUAAACAACAUAAUGCUGGUGAUAACGGUACUGUUAAUGAGACUGAGUUUUUGAACAUAUCCGUGGUUGAAGAGCCAAUGUAUGCUAUAUCUAUGACUCAUAAUGAAAAUCUUCUGACAGCUAUAUUUUGGAUAUACAGUGUGUUUUUAAAACUUAUACCUUGUGUAGUGUUAUCAAUUUUGAGUGUGUGUCUAAUUUUAAAAAUGAAAUCGAGCGACAGGAGGAGACAGAAAUUGCUGAAAAAGUCUGCAAUUGUAUCAAAGGAGGGUGAAAAGACUCGUCUCAAUGAAGAAGGUGGCAAGAAAGCAAGCGGUGGCGGUCGCACUGAUCGCACAACGCGCAUGCUUGUCGCACUGCUGGGUCUGUUCCUCGCCACCGAACUGCCACAAGCUUUGUUCGGACUUCUCACAGCCAUCGCGCCGCAUCUCUUUCAAAUAUGUUACUACGCAUUUGGUGAGGUGAUGGAUCUCAUGGCUUUGGUUGGUUCUGCUGUGAACUUCGUGCUGUAUUGCAGCAUGAGUCGUCAGUUUCGGUCUACGUUCUCACGUCUAGCGGGCAAGGUGCUACCGGUGCCGAUGCACCGUCGCGACAGCGAACUAGCCACUACCACUACUACGACCGUCAAAGCGUAGCGAUCACGACACGCGGCUAAGUCAGCUGCGCAUCUUUAACUGAAACAAGCUGGUCUAUUGCGAAAAACCUGCAAUCUCAAUUGGGUGAUUGGCUGAAUUGAAGGUUAUUGUGAUCGUCACACUGCUGUAGCCGCCCAACUACGGUGGUAGGCAUCAACCUUAGCGCGCGACGUUUACUGUGUCAGGACCCAGGAGUCAGGACAUCACUAAGAACGUGCUUGUAUGGAUCAAUGGAUGAUUAUUUUGUAAUACAAGUGAUAGCAAGAACUCUGGUCCAACGCGCUUCGCUUUGAUAUCAGACAGUAGUUCCUGCGAUUACAACUUCUAGGAGUUGCGUUGAAUCUUCCCGCCGCGCGUUGUGUAAAAUGAAAUAUGUAGAACUACUCGUAUUUCUCGUGAACUGCUGAAAUUGAUGCACAUAGAUGCACUCAGUAAUUAGUAGAGUACUUUUGAAUGUUCUGUAGAUACGCGGAAAAUAUUACGCGUUAGUUUAGUUAAGAUUUUUCGACGAGUAGGUAUUUGUAAAUAUAGUUCUACAAAACGUAGUUAAUUACACAUAGUAUGUAAUGUAUAAAGAUUUACAAUGUAUUUUAACAAAGGACCUAUCUCUUUCUAUGUACCUAAGUACCUACAAAGUGUUGAAGUUUGAGUGAAAAGCCAAAAAAUCAAAUAUGUAAGAACAAGUUACUUAUCAUUUAACUGCGUAUUUAUAUUUGUCAGAAAACUUCACGCAAGUUCCAAUAAUAACUGUACAAAGUCUCAACUCAAUCAGAUGAAUAACGCGCGAACGGUGAUGCAGUAACAAACACAGAGAAAAAUUAAUUUUUAUGCAUAAAAUUGUGAUUAUUAUAUUAUGAUAUAUCCAAGAAAUCUUAUCUAAACGCUUCGCCAACUUAACGACAGUGACUUCCAACAAAGAGGUCGAUACCAAUAAAAGAAGAACAAAACUAUAAACGAAAGUCAUCUAAAUAUUACAAAAGUUGAUUUCAAACUAAAACUUUUGGUUCCAAUAUCAUUCCUGAGUAGGAAAGUUAAACGGUUAAAGAUAAACAAGCUGCGAGUUUUCUCAGAAGAUAUUGUUCGAAGGAGUAUUACUCAUGCAAUAGAUUUCAAUACCUACCUAAAGUACCUAGUGAUUACUUUGCGAGUAACAUAUACGUAGGUAACUACAUUACAUAAUACCGCAGUCUGGAAUAUAUUGGUCUAAAAUGUUCGUUUAGUAGGUAUAGUAUGGGAAGAU